AUGGUAAGACUUGCACGAUGGAAAAAGUUCCUGAUAUCAGGCGGAACCGGUUUUGUCGGUGCGGCCAUCGCCAGAGCUCUUGCAGAGAAACAUCCCGAAUGUGCCAUCACCAUCAUAGAUCGCAACCCCCCUGGACCGGUCCAUACUCUACCAGAUGGUACCGAGUUCAUCAAGGUCGAUGUUACUAUCCAGGAGAAGGUCAGCAAGGCAAUAGAGCAGGUCAGACCGGAUAAUAUUAUCCACGCGGCCAGAAUUGUUCUAGCCCUGAGUGAACGGUUUGGAAGAAGGCUUGAAGGGCAUGUUUGGAAAACUAAUGUUGGAGGAACCGAGCAUAUCUUGCAGGCCACUAAACAGAGUGGAGUCAAGGGCUUUAUUUACACCAGUUCCUGCUGUGUGGUGACGGACCAAAUGAGUGUACCGUACCACAACUUCGAUGAACAAUGGCCUACACCACCUUCCUCACUCAUCUAUGGCGAGUCGAAGGCUGCUGCAGAAGCUAUCGUUCGUAAGGAAUCAAGUGACACCAUGGCCACAUGUUCUCUCCGGCCUUCUGUGCUAUGCGGACCGGGUGACGACUGGCCGGGCCCUGCAAUACAUGCAUGCAUAGCCAAGGGCGAAACACCGUUCAUCGUCGGUGAUGGCCAGAAUUUGUGGGAUGUGACAUACGUCACCAAUGUUGCCGAUGCUCAUGUCCUGGCUGCCGAGAAUCUGAUGUCUUUCGAGACUGCAGCCGGUGAAGUCUUCUGUAUUCAAAACAAUGAACCCAUCACCUUUAGGGACUUGUGCCUUGCCAUAUGGGCUCAUUUUGGACACACGCCCUCGUUUGAGAUUCACAUCCGUGAGGCACACUGGCUUAUCUUUGUUAGGGAUGCAUGCUCUGUUCGUUAUGCCAGCGGCGAGAAAGCAAAGCUGAUACUAGGGCUCAGGUCCCAAGUAGGGAUCGAAACGGGUGUUCGACUCACUUGUGAGGAUUAUGCUCGACGUAUGGGGAUCGAAUCACCAAUGUAGCAGGCAUGUAAGAAGGGUGAAUGAUCUCCGUGUGCAUCUCAGCCAAGAAUUAC